AAUGUACCUCUGUGCAGGCAGUUACAAAUCCAAAACAAAAUAACCGUGAAGAUUUGUGUGACUGUGACCAUGCGUGUGAUUAUGUUCUUCCUCCUGUCUUGCCUGCUUCCACUCUCUCUUGCCAAUGGACAGGACCCCUUAGCUUGGCUGUUUGGCCGGCCAAGUGUAGAACAUUAUUUUGGCUCCGUGCGGGCAGACACUGAAGGUUGUCCAGAUGAGUGUGAUUGCCCUCCCACUUUUCCAGUCGCCAUGUACUGUGAUGCACGUGGCCUGACAGCCAUGCCAUCCAUCCCUUCUCGUAUCAAAUACUUGUACCUCCAGAACAAUGCCAUCACUGCUGUGCCUGACUCAGCUUUUGUCAACGCAACCAAUCUGGUAUGGCUCAUGAUGCACCACAACCAGCUGACAUCUGAAGGCAUUGGCAAGAAGGCCUUUCUGAAGUUGGAGGGGCUGGAGCGUUUAUAUCUUCAACAUAACAACUUGACCAGCAUGCCUUUGAGCCUCCCCCGCUCCCUAAGAGACUUGAGGAUCAGCCACAACAAGAUUGAGAAGGUGACUGCUGUAGAUGUGGAGGGAAUGGAUAACCUCACCAUCCUGUAUCUCCAUGACAACGCUGUCACAGAUAUGGGCACUUCACUGAAGGCACUGAAAUCUCUUACACUGCUGGACGUCAGUGGCAACAAGUUGACAAAGGUCCCCGAGGGACUCCCUGAACAUCUGCAUCAACUCUACAUCGAGUCCAACUCCAUCGACUCUCUACCUGAGGGCUUCCUGGGCAGUUUCAGUCAGCUGCAGUACAUCAGGAUGGCCCACAACCAGCUCACCGACAAGGGUAUCCCUCCAAACACCUUUAAUGUGACAGGGCUGGUGGAGCUGGAUCUGAGCUUUAAUAAACUGGAGAGAAUCCCACCAGUGAGCUCAACACUACAGCACCUCUAUCUGCAAGCCAACCAGAUCAAAGAGUUCACCCUGGGUAGUUUCUGCACUGUUGUGGACGUGUCCAACUUCUCCAAACUGCAGACCCUGCGACUGGAUGGGAACGAGAUCAGUCGCCAGGACAUCCCUUCAGAGUCAUCCCUCUGCCUUCGUCAGGCUUCUAGCAUCGAGAUUUAAUUGCGUGUGAUAAGAAGUAUGGCACUCUGCUCACUAGUACAGCUUGGUUUGUGGUCCGUGCCAAAAGAGUGACAAAUUGCUUUUGUGGCAUGUGCUAAAACCAAAGAACAGCAGGUGGCAGCAGGUAAUACUGUAACAUCCACUGCUCACAUUAUAGUAGAGAUAUGUGUUUGUUUACAAAGCAACUGAAGGAAGCCUGACCACAUAUGUCAUACAGAGCAUCCUCUAUCAGUUAAAAUAAACAAGUAAAUCUUUAAACAUUAUGAGUUUCUCUGGGAAAUCUCUACAAUUGAUUAAGCAUCCACAAAUUACAUGUAUAACCCUUAAGAUAAUGUAUAAGUCAGGCUUGAAGAUGAUCAGACCCUCAUGCCUCUGUUAGGAUCAAUGCUCUUUAUAAUCACAUUGUUUUUCUCUCUGUAUCCUUAUCUCUGUCUUUGUAAGAAUCAUGCCUUCUAUUGAUUUGUCUCUUAAGUUGAUGAUAAAGAUAUCUAAUAUGAUACACCUCUUUUGAAAUCAUUAGCUGACACAGAAGCAUGACGUCUUGAUUACUUGAUAACCUUGUCUCAUAGUCAUAUCCUGUUGCAAUUGGGUGGAUCAUUUCUAUGUUAAUGAUAUAAAUGCUGUGACUUUCUCUGAUGAAGAUCAUCUCUCUCAUUUCAGUUACAUUCACCUUCCUUAGAGACUAAAUAGAUAUCUCUGUACUCAGUGAAAAAAAUCUCAGUGCUGUAUUGUAGUAAAUCCAUCAUUCUUUAUGUUUGUCUUGAGUUAGUAUAUGUGUUGCAUGGAGUAGUUAUCAAACUGACAAAAGGUUUUUGUUUACAUGCCUGUUGGAGAAUCAUUAAAAGCUGGGAAUUUUGAAAA